GACAUGGCCCGAGAACUUCGGGAUCGAACGGUGGAGGAGCCGAAGAACCCGGAGUCUGCUGCAGUUCCUUGCCUUCAGCGUUUGGCACGCGCGCAUGCACUUCGCCUGAAAACUGACGGCUCAGAGGAGAACUCUGCGCCUGAGCAGUCUGCGAAGCAGGCAGCUGUCGAAAGGCAUACCUUACCGCCGCAGAGCACUUUGCGCCAGACUGUCAGCGCAGGCAACUUGACCAUGCCGGUUGCCUUUCCAUCAAACUGUGGCCCCUCAAAGGUCCAGAUGGCACCGGGAGUCUCGCCGAGGCUGGGCGUCACGCCGCGGCUUCAGUCAGCAAGGACAUCCUGCGUGGUGGUGCCGUUGGCCCAAACUCCGAGGACAACGAGCACCCCAAAGGGACGGGCGUACAUGUACAACAGGAUGCAGCUGAAACUACCAACGGCAGCUCCGACCCAAGCCGUUUCAUCACGGCCUACAUUGCUGGUGAGGGCUGCCUCAGUUCCUGCAGUUCCCAAGAUCAUCCGGCAGGGCACGCUCCCGACAACCGCGAGAUGCCAGACCAGCCUUCGAACGCAGACACCUCGCGCACUCCGCACGCAGGCGGUUCAGGUCCGGGCGACCCAGUUUGUUCCCGUCUCACGGCCACCCGUGCACGAGCAAAAGCCUCGCGAGGACCGUGGCUGA